AUGUAUCAGGAGUAUAGGGACUUUUUGAAUGACUACAUUGCUCAAGGUCACAUGAGCAUUGCGACUACCCCCUCUACGUACAUCAUCCCUCAUCACUGUGUAAGGAAAGAAGAUAGUAGCACUACCAAACUCAGAGUAGUUUUCAAUGCCUCUUUCAAACCUAAAAAUGAUGAUAAGUCAUUAAAUGAUAAUUUGUUCCCAGGUCCUAAGCUGCAAAAGGAUAUAACUGAAAUUAUAACAAACUUUCGUCUUCAUUCCAUUGUUGUGUGUUCAGAUAUUAAGCAGAUGUAUAGACAGAUUGUUGUAGCUCCUGAGCAACGGAGUUUGCAGCACAUAUUUUACAGAACCUUACCAAACGGACCUAUUGAGGAGUAUGAACUCAACGUUCUCACGUAUGGUGUCACAUCAAGUGCAUUCCUAGCCCAGCGAGUUUUGUUGCAGCUUGUCAAAGAUGAAGGAAAGCGAUUCCCUCUAGCCUCAAACGCCAUUCUGCAUCAGACCUUUGUUGAUGACAUAUGCACCAGUGUUGACACACCAGAACAAGCUUUGCAGCUACAGAGUGAACUCAUCAAACUGUUAGAUUUAGGAGGAUUCACUUUACGCAAAUGGUCCAGUAAUUACAAACCUAUCCUAGACAACGUACCAGAAGAUCACCGUGAACAACCACUCGUCUUAUGUUCAGAUGAAGAUCCUGGAAUGAAAAUUCUUGGACUGCAGUACAACUCCUUUGAUGAUACUUUUUCAUACUCGAUUAAGCUCAACCCUCUAGUUUUCACAAAACGAUCAAUGCUAUCUGAAAUAUCAAAAAUAUACGAUGUGCUAGGUUGGAUCACUCCAGUUACAUUCUAUGUUAAGCAUCUGAUGCAAAAGUUAUGGCUUCUUGGUUUGAACUGGGAUGAACCUCUUCCAAAUGAAAUAAGUAGUAAAUGGUCUCUGUUCAUUUCUACUCUCCCACAACUUUCAAAUAUUAAGAUCCAACGAUUCAUUCCCACAGCAUCCUCAAAUUCCACACAACUUAUAGGCUUCUGUGACGCUUCUGAAAAGGGUUACGCUGCUAACUUGUACAUCCGUACUGAAAACUCAGCUGGAAUCAGAGUACACCUCAUAAAAGCCAAAAGUAAAGUUGCACCAUUAAAAACAAUGAGUAUUCCCCGACUAGAACUUUCUGCGGCUCAGUUACUUAUGCAAAUAGUAAUUUCAGUAAAACAUCUCAAUUUUGACCCAUCAACAAUCAUACUGUUUUCGGACUCAUCUACUGUGUUGUCAUGGCUCAAAACCCCUCCAUACAAAUUGAAAACUUUUGUUGCCAACAGAGUAAUUGACAUUUUAGAAGAGACUAACCCAACACAAUGGCGUCAUGUAGCUUCGAAAGAAAACCCCUGUGAUUGUGCCAGCAGAGGCAUGCUUCCUGAAGAUAUAGUUGAUUUUGAUUUGUGGUGGAAAGGUCCUUCCUUCCUUCAUGAACCCUCAACCCAAUGGCCAUCAUCAAAUGUUAAACCCACAGAAGAAAUUCAUCUCCCCGAAUUGAAAUCAGAAUGUUUCCUAACAACUAGUCUCGAUAACAACAUAGUAAUGAAACUUAUGGAAAAAUUCUCUAGCUUGUCAAAAGUGCAGUUCGUUCUUGCCUACUUGUUACGAUUUAUCUUUAAUCUUCAAAGUCAAAAGAAAGGAAUAAGCAAAAGGCAAGGGCCAAUAACCGCUCAAGAACUAAACGACUCAUUAAUGUUAUGUGUCAAAAAUGUUCAAGAACAAUAUCUCUCAGGUGAAAUACAAAACAUAAAGGAACAGAAAAUGUGCACCACUAAGUAUCGAUCUCUAGCUCCAUUUCUCGAUGAAGAAGGUUAUCUCAGGGUGGGCGGACGUUUAAAAUACUCCCAACUUUCAUUCUCCAGAAAACAUCCUAUCCUAAUACCAACAUCAUCUCGCUUAGCAACUCUGUUAUGUGAUCACUAUCAUAAACUAUCUUUACAUGGUGGUCCUCGUUUGUCCCAAUCUCUCAUACAAUCAAAAUUUUGGAUCAGUGGAUUACGCCAAUUAUUACGAGAAAGAAUAUUCAAAUGUAACAAAUGUUACAUGUUCAAGGCAAAGCCCAUGACACCCAAAAUGGCUGAUCUACCUUCUGCAAGAUUUCAAAACCUCAGGGUAUUCCUCAAUGUAGGACUUGACUAUGCAGGCCCAUUUGAAUUCAAAGAAAGUGAUAGGAGAAAAGCUCCACGAUCAAAGGGUUAUUUGGUAAUCUUCAUUUGUAUGUCCACAAAAGCCGUCCAUCUUGAAUUUGCUACAAGUCUAUCAACAAAAUCAUUUCUUGCUGCUCUUGAUAGAUUCUGUGCUAGACGAGGUCUUUGUAAGCAGAUUUUCAGUGACUGUGGUACCAACUUUCAAGGUGCCUCAAAUCAUUUCAAAGAGAUUCAGGAGUUUUUAAAACGAUCCAAUCCAGAGAUAUCACAGCAUCUAGCCAAAAAGGAAAUCAAAUGGAACUUCAAUCCACCUGCAGCCCCUCACUUUGGUGGACUAUGGGAGGCCGCUGUUAAAUCCACCAAACAUCACUUGCAACGAGUAAUGGGCACACUUGCUCUCACCUAUGAAGAAAUGAACACUUUGUUGACACGCAUAGAGGCUAUUCUCAAUAGUAGACCAAUCGGAACGAUGAUCACAGACCCUAACGAUGGCGACUAUUUGAGCCCAGGUCACUUUAUUAUUGGAUCGCCACUCUUAGCUCCACCUGAAAUUGACUGCAGUGACACACCCAUGAACAGACUACAAAGAUAUGAACUUCUACAACAGGCUGUUCAGUGUUUUUGGAAGAGAUGGUCACAGGAAUACGUUCAAACCCUGAUUCCUCGUAGAAAAUGGACUUCCCUUCAACCCAAUGUCAAAGUUGGUGAUGUAGCAUACCUCCAAAUGAAGAACACCAGCCCACUUGAAUGGCCAAUCGGGCGAAUAGAAGAAACUUUCCCUGGACGUGACGGAAUAGUAAGAGCAGUCAAGAUCAAAACCGCUCAAGGGACGUUUGUGCGCCCAGUUCACAAGCUGGUUCCUUUCCCUCCCUCUGACUUUGACUCAUAA